AUGAGUGACCGCCCCAAGGGUCGGCGGCCCGACCGCCGUCGCGGUGGUGGUGGUGGAGGUCGCGGCGGCGGCGGUGGUGCAGCAGGAGGCGCUCGAUCGCGACACCGAGCAUCAGGCCCCCCCAAGCACCUCCGCGAUGCCGAGCUCAGCCAGCCGCCCUCGUCGCAGGCCACCGAGUCGAGCCGCGAGAGCACCGUGGCUCCCUCGGGCCACACGCUGCCGCCGCUGACCGAGGCCGUGCCGCUCGACACGCCGCGCUUCGCCGACCUCGCCGGCCAGAACCUCGUCCACCCCGUCCUGGUGCAAACCAUUACCGACGACCUGCGCUUUGACCACAUGAUGCCCGUCCAGGCCGCCACGCUCUGGGAGCUGCUGCCGCCGAAGCGCAGCGACUGCCUCGUCCAGGCCAGGACCGGCACCGGCAAGACGGUGGCCUUUCUGCUGCCCGCCCUCCAGACCAUGAUCAGCCACAGUCGUGCCUCAUCGGACUCUGGCAUCUCUCUGCUGGUCAUCUCGCCGACCCGUGAGCUUGCCAUGCAGAUCGCCCAGGAGGCGACCAACCUGCUCCAGAGGAUGCCGUCGUAUCGCGUGCGCAUCGCCAUCGGCGGCACCAACAAGGACAAGGAGGAGAGGCUCAUCCUCAGCGGCUGCGACGUUCUCAUCGCCACGCCCGGACGCCUCCUCGACCACAUGUCCAAUGAGAACAUCAAGUAUGCCUUCCGUAACCUGCACACCCUGGUGCUCGACGAGGCGGAUCGACUGCUCGACAUGGGUUUCAUGCCUGCUCUCCGCGACAUCGUCAGCCACCUGCCCGACAGACGCGAGGUGAACAGGCAGGGCAUGCUCUUUUCCGCCACCAUCGCCCCUCACGUCAACCAGGUUGCUGGCCUCGUUCUAGCGCCCGGCUACAAGUUCAUCUCGACGAUCCCGGCGGGCGAGAUCAACACGCAUGAACGCGUCCCGCAGGCCCUCAUCACCGCCCCGACCUUUGCCUCCACUGCGGCCGCCAUGGUCGCCUGCGUGCGCCAGGAGGCCACAGAACACGCCAACUUCAAGGCCAUCGUCUUUGCCCCCACGGCCGCUCUUGCCGGCUUCUACGGACACAUCCUGUCGCGCAUCCCCGGCCUGCCCCCUACCACGACACUGCACAGCAGGAUCUCACAGAACAAGAGGACCAAGAUCACCAACGACUAUCGCGACGCCAAGGCCGCAAUCCUUGUCGCGACCGACGUCAUCGCCCGCGGCAUGGACUUUCCCGGCGUCACCACCGUUUUCCAAGUCGGCAUCCCGUCCGACAAGCAAAGCUACAUCCACCGCCUGGGCCGAACCGCUCGCGCCGACGCCGAUGGCCGUGGUUUCUUCAUUGUCUGCGAGCAGGAGGCCUGGUUCCCGAGAUGGAACCUCAAGGAGAUCAACUUUGUCCCCAAGGAGCCCGAUCUGUCCUUCACGGACCUCGUCAAUAGCAUCGUCGAGGCUAUGGAGGAGGAUGAGCGGGGCCAGAUCUACAAGGCUUGGCUGGGCUACUACAACAACCACCUUAAGGGACUCAAGUGGGACAAGGAGGAGCUCGUGAGGCAGGCCAACGUGUUUGCUCGCGAGGGCCUCGGCUGCCCCGAGACGCCGCCUAUCGCGAAGAGCACUGUCGGCAAGAUGGGUCUCCGGGGAACCAGAGGCCUCAACACGGUUCCGGAUCCGCCGCGGCACGGCAGGUCACAGGGCGGUGGAGGUGGACGACGAGGACGGUAG